CUGCACUAAACGUUGAAAGCGAGCAGAAUCCCACGACAAGCAACGGCAACCCUUUUUGCGCUCAGAUGUCUAGAGCGCUGGACGAUGAUGUCAAGAGGGCAAUCAAGCAUGGAGACCAUGAGCAGAUUUUCACCAGGAUUGCAGAUGCUCUGUCGCAGCGGCAUGCAGAAUUGCUGGAGAUAGAAUUGCUAGGGAGGAGCCACAUGGCCGAUGCAGAGACGAUACUGCUGCAGGACGGACCAGCCAUUGCGGUGCCAAAGCUACGACUGGUGCAGGCAUUCAUUUUUGCCCGGGCACUGCUUUACAAAGGCAAAGAUGUGUCGAGAGCUACAGCCGUCAUGCUGCUGAUGGACCCUGAGCAUCUAACCGCCGCCAACACGAGGAAGAGGAUGCUCCAGGAUGCCAUCAAGCCAGGCACGGACGUUGAGGCGAGAAUACGAGAUGAGCUAUACUUUGUCGAUAGCCUUCUUACGAGCCGUCUCCAUCGACACACCAAAUCGCCUACCUUGUGGGGGCAUCGCCAAUGGCUCAUGCAGCGAUUACAGGAGCAUGGCCUAAAGAUAGAUGCCACCAGCAUCAUGACGGCAGUCAUCUCGGUAGCCGCCGAGCGACAUCCACGCAACUACUACGCCUGGCUGCACGCCCGCUACCUCGCAAACGCCGUCUCUGAAACAGCCGCCGAGCGGGACAAAGACAGAGACAAAGACAAAGACCUCGCGGGGAUGCUGGAAGCGGCCAAGAACUGGGCCGUCCGUCACCACGACGACAUCUCCGGGUGGGCAUUCCUCAUGUUCUUCCUGGACCGGCACCCGGAAUACGCUGGGCCGGUGGUCCGCGAGACGACGAGGCUGGCGGCGUCAUUUCACUGGCGGAAUGAGUCUGUGUGGUAUUUUCUGAGGAACAUCUCGGCGAGGGCUUGGUGCGACAGGGAUUGGCGAGAAGGGGUCGAGGCGACGAGGCUGGCGUUGCUGGGCGGCGCGGAAAGGGGCUCUGACGGAGAGAGGAUAUUGGAGCAGGCGGCGAGUUGGAUUCAGGCAUAUUCUGCAUGAGCGAUGAGAAGACUGCAUCUCUUUUUUCUUUCGUUUUCUUUUUACUUUUCAUUCCCUGUUGUUCAUGCUAUCAUCAGUCAUAGUAUAUAUCUUGACCCUUUCUAGAGCGACACAUCAUUUCAGGGGAAAAACCACAUACACGUACGAAUACAACAGAGUAGUAGUAGUAGCAGCGUGGCUGUGUGAGCAGUGACACAAUAUCGCGUACAACUCUGGGCAUGGAGUCUAAUAAGCUACACUGCGCUAAAUGCCCGGGUUUCGCAAGGCACGUCGAUCUCCUUCCAUCGCUCUCAACGUUACACAAGGUAGGUCUCUUGGCCCAAUAUGGGAGUUGACGACAUGGGUUAGAUUCAGGUAUGCCGGAAAAUGAAGAGUGACCCCGGCCGCAUUCCAGAAAGGGGAGGACGCAGGAUUCGGUCACCGGGCAUCCGGGUUUCGAAAUGUAAAACCCUUUGAG